GUAAAAAAUUCCACUCCAAGGACCCAGCCCUUUAGGAGGAGACGGAGAGAGACAGAUACAGCAUCAGCUGCUGCAGGAUGCAGGCUACAUGGGACUGCUUUGGUUCCUGUCUUUUCUGCAUUCGACCUUCUUUGGAGACGAGGUGCUGGAGGAGCUGAAGAUGUCUGGCUCCAUAGCAUCCUAUGACCAGCUGGUGCGGCAGGUGGAGGCGCUGAAGAAGGAGAACACCCAUCUGCGCAGGGAGCUGGAGGACAAUUCCAGCCACCUCUCCAAGCUAGAGAAUGAGACCUCGGACAUGAAGGAAGUUCUGAAGCACCUUCAGGGCAAACUGGAGCAAGAGGCCCGGGUCAUGGUGUCCUCCGGGCAGACAGAGGUCCUGGACCAGCUGAAAGCUCUGCAGAUGGACAUCACCAGUCUCUACAACCUGAAGUUCCAGCCUCCCGCCCUGGCGCCUGAGCUCGCCUGCCCCGAGGGCAGCCCCCUGCACUCAGCUGUUUCCCAGAAGAAGGACAGCAUGGGAGAGCUGAGUCGGGCCACCAUCAGGCUGCUGGAGGAGCUGGACAGAGAGAGGUGUUUCCUGCUGAGCGAGAUUGAGAAGGAGGAGAAGGAGAAGCUCUGGUACUACACGCAGCUGCAGAGCCUCUCCACGCGCCUGGACGAGCUACCACACGUGGAGACGUUCUCUAUGCAGAUGGAUCUGAUCCGACAGCAGCUGGAGUUCGAAGCCCAGCACAUCCGCUCGCUCAUGGAGGAGCGCUUCGGGACGACCGACGAGAUGGUGCAGAGGGCUCAGAUCCGAGCAUCCCGCCUGGAGCAGAUCGACAAGGAGCUGAUGGAGGCUCAGGAUCAGGUGCAGAUGUCGGAGCCGCAGCUGUGUGGGAAGCUGUCUGGCAUGGAAGGGGAUGGGAGCCUGGACAUCCCAACACAUCCCGAGGAGGGAGGGAGCCACCUCAGCAACAAUAAGGUGGAAGUGGUCUUCUGGCUCCUGUCCAUGCUGGCCACCCGGGACAAGGACGACAUGUCGCGCACCCUGCUGGCCAUGUCCAGCUCGCAGGAGAGCUGCCUGGCCAUGCGCAAGUCCGGCUGCCUCCCACUCCUCAUCCAGAUCCUGCAUGACACAGACAGGGCGCCGGGAGGCCCCCAGAGCCCCGGCAGCGGCAAGGACUCCCGCAUGCGGGCCAACGCCGCCCUGCACAACAUCAUCUUCUCGCAGCCCGACGAGGGCCAGGCCAAGAAGGAGAUGCGGGUGCUGCAUGUGCUGGAGCAGAUCCGCUCCUACUCGGAGACCUGCUGGGACUGGCUGCAGAUGCAGAGCAAAGACGGGGGCAAGGGCGCCGAGGGCAGCGCCGUGCCAGUUCCCAUCGAGCCGCAGAUCUGCCAGGCCACCUGUGCCAUCAUGAAGCUCUCCUUCGACGAGGAGUACAGGCGGGCCAUGAAUGAGCUGGGUGGUCUCCAGGCCGUGGCUGAGCUGCUGCAGGUGGAUUAUGAGAUGCACAAAAUGACCAGCGACCCCCUCAACCUGGCGCUGAGGAGAUAUGCUGGCAUGGCGCUGACCAACCUCACCUUCGGGGACGUGGUGAACAAGGCGACCCUGUCCUCCCGCCGGGGCUGCAUGCAGGCCAUUGUGGCCCAGCUGGCCUCCGAGAGCGAGGAGCUGCACCAGGUGGUCUCCAGCAUCCUGCGGAACCUCUCCUGGAGGGCCGACAUCAACAGCAAGAAGAUCUUGCGCGAGGUUGGCAGCGUCACCGGCCUGAUGCAGUGCGCCCUGCGGGCCACCAAGGAAUCCACCCUGAAGAGUGUCCUCAGCGCCCUCUGGAACCUGUCCGCUCACAGCACCGAGAACAAAGUCGCCAUCUGCUUGGUGCAGGGUGCCCUGGGCUUCCUGGUGAGCACCCUCACCUACAAGUGCCAGAGCAACUCGCUGGCCAUCAUCGAGAGUGGAGGAGGCAUCCUGAGAAACGUGUCCAGCCUGAUUGCCACCCGGGAGGAUUACAGGCAAGUGCUGCGGGACCACAACUGCCUGCAGACCCUGCUGCAGCACCUCAAAUCCCACAGCCUCACCAUUGUCAGCAACGCCUGCGGGACCCUCUGGAACCUCUCCGCCCGGAGCCCCAGAGACCAGGAGCUGCUGUGGGACCUGGGGGCGGUCAGCAUGCUGCGCAACCUCAUCCACUCCAAGCACAAGAUGAUUGCCAUGGGCAGCGCCGCUGCCCUCCGGAACCUGCUCACCAAUCGACCCCUCAAGUACAAGGACGCCACCGUCAUCUCCCCGGGCUCCUGCAUGCCCUCACUCUACAUGAGGAAGCAGAAGGCGCUGGAGGCCGAGCUGGAUGCUAAGCACCUGGCGGAGGCCUUCGACACCAUGGAGAAGCAGAGUCUGAAGAGCCAGAGCCUCAAGAAGCCCCCAAGGCACAUGGACAGCCUGGCGAAGGACUACACCUCCGACUCCGGCUGCUUCGACGAUGACGAGGUGCCCACUGUCUCGGCGGGGGCGGAGACCGGGAACGCCUCCAUCCUCUCCAUGUUCCUCAACUCCUCCUUCCUCCAGGGCCAGGCCUUGCCCAGGGCCAUCGCCCAGAGGAGGGGCCCGGAACCUGAGAAGGACGAGAGCAGCAAGCCGGCCGAGCCCAAGAAGCUGCCGGCGCCUGAGGAUGAGGUGUCACUGGUGGCCGAGAAGCUGGCCAACAAGAUCUCCACCACAGUGGCCAAGAUUGAUAAGCUGGUGGAGGAUAUCGCCACCCUCCACACAUCCUCGGACGACAGCUUCAGCCUGAGCUCGGAGGACCACUGCCUUGACUGGCAGUACGGCUCCGAUGAGGUCCACGAGGCCCGGGCCCAGUCCUGCUCCCCGUGCCGCCUCUCAGAUGCCAGCAGCUUCGUGAAACGGGAGAACCUGAGCCGGGCCCACACCCUCCUGAGGCUGAAGAAGGCUUACACCAGCUUGUCCAACGACAGCCUGAACAGCGGCAGCACCAGUGACGGCUACUGCACCAAGGAACACAUGAAGCCCUGCACGAGGGCCUCCUUCCUAGAUUACAAGGAGGAGCUGCAGAGACACCAGAAGCGGCCCAGCAGGCUGGAUCUGAAGAACAUCCUUGUCCACAGGCCUGAGAGGAUGGAGCAGCCGGGGGUCAAGGCCAAAGAAUCUGGCGAACCGGAGAAACUGGAGCCGAGAGAUGCGCACGACAGAGCCAAGAAAGCAGUGACGUUCCCCAGCCCCAGUGCCCCUGAGAAGGAGCCUGAGUGGAAGAAGGAGCCGGGCAAUGAGCUUUCUCCCGACCCUCAGGUCCACACCAUCAAACUCUCCCCUUCUUACCAGCAUGUCCCCCUGCUGGAAAAUCUGGCCAAGAGCAGCCCGGCCCCUGGCGCUGUGGGGCUCUCGGGUGCUAGUUACCACCCAACUCUCCCAGGCCGGAAGCAAGCCUGGCUCCCCACAGGGCUUCUCCAGACGGCCGAGAACUUGAGCAGGAUCCCAGAGAAGCUGGCUGCCCACACGCCGGCCCCGGUGGAGCAGGAGUCAGUCCAGAAGUACGCGGUGGAGGACACCCCCAUUUGUUUCUCCCGAUGCAGCUCCCUCUCUUCCCUCUCCUCCGCUGACAAUGUGCUGGAUGGGCAGAGCCACAGUGAGAAUGAGGUGGACAGCGAGUCCUCCCUGGAGAUCAUCGAGGUGGAGGCGGGCGCCGAGACCGAAGGUGAUGUGGAGCAGGCUGAGGCCUGCGAUAGGAAACAGGAGAAGAUGAAGGCUGCGGAUAUGGGCCCAGCCACGCCAGGAGGGAUCUCCCAACCCAUCGCCAUCCCCUUCCAGAAGCGUGACAAGAUUUUUCUGAGGGAAUCCUCCCCGUCCCGGCAUGAGGACCUGACCCCAUCCAGCUCCUCCGAGAACUACAUUCAGGAGACCCCUCUGGUGAUGAGCCGGUGUAGCUCAGUCAGCUCCCUGGGCAGCUUUGAAAGCCCAUCCAUUGCCAGCUCCAUCCAGAGCGACCCCUGUAGUGAGAUGAUCAGUGGCACCAUCAGCCCGAGCGAGCUGCCGGACAGCCCCGGUCAGACCAUGCCCCCAAGCCGCAGCAAGACGCCCCUGUUUGAACUGGGACCCCAGCCGGAGAAGGAGACCAGCCAGUUCAACAUCCAGUGGGAAAACAACGUCAAGAAGUUCAUGGAGAUCACGGAUUUCAAAGAGCGUUUCCAGCUGCCCCAAGACCUGGAUUCCAUGAUCUACUUCACUGUGGAGAAACCCAAUGAGAACUUCUCCUGCGCCUCCAGCCUAAGUGCCCUUCCCCUUCACGAGCACUACAUCCAGAAGGACGUGGAACUAAAGCUUAUGCCACCUUUCCCCGAGAGGAACAGCCUGAAUUUUGUGGCACACGAGAAGCAGGAAGACAGGCGGGAAGAGAGAUUUGGGGAGGGCAAGAGGAAGCUGGAGCGUUCAGAGCUCAACUCAGACGAUGAUAUUGAGAUCCUGAAGGAAUGCAUCAACUCGGCCAUGCCUUCCCGCUUCAGGAAGGUCAAGACCUCCCUUGUCUCUGGCCUGCCCAGCCAGGUCUUGACUCCUCAGACCAAAAAGGCUCUUCACAUGCCAGUCUACAUGCUGGUGCCCACCCAUUCGCACCGGGGCGUCCCCAAACACUUGCGACCUGCCGCCCGGGACCUCUUCAAGGAUGACGACUCCUUCACCGACUCCGCAGAAGGCACCCCCAUCAACUUCUCCAGUGCCGCUUCCUUGAGUGACGAGACCCUCCAGUACUCCCUGAAAGAGGAGGUUGACCACAAGCGUGGCCCUGGGAAGAGGCUGGAGAGGAAGGAAGUGUCGGGGUCACCGGUGGGGCGCAAUAUGGAAGCACCCCAUGAGCAAGGGAGUUUGAGUCCUGCGCCAGGCAGGAAAGCAGCUUCCAACUCCUCAACGCCCACCAAGAUGAGUGCAGCUUACGAGCAGAAGGGCGGGUCGAGACAUGGCAGCCCUGUCCAGACAGGCAGGGGCCAAGCAGCUGAGAUGAAGAGAGGGCUACCUCCCCUGAAGAAUGGACCCAACCUGGAGCUGGACUUUGGCAGGGAGGGGGCCCUCCCGGAAGGCGUCCCCCCCAGGAAGGGUGCUCCCUGUGAGGACAGUGCCCCCGGGGGCAUGGCCUUUCAAUCCCUGUGCCACACCACGCCGACCGAGGAGGCCGUCUACUGCUUCUAUGAGAAUGACUCUGACGACCUGCUGGAGGUGCGGAGAGACUUGCCUAAGAGGAAGGCCAGCCCUGCCCAGGCUCAGAAGAAGGAACGCUGGAGCAGCACCGCCCCUAAGAAGGAGCCGGAGAAAAGCUCCAGGCAGCUGCUGCAGGCCAAAACCAAGAUGGCUGCCAAACUCCACAACAAUCUCAUCGUGGACGAGACGCCUCCCUGCUAUUCCCUCAGCUCCUCCAUGAGCUCCCUGAGCGACAUUGAGCUCUGUGACUAUGAGGAGCGGACAACGCUGUACAAGGCCAACAGGCAGCUGACCCUGAGCCGGAUGCAAGAAAGCGCGGCCUCCAGGGCCUUAGCCAAAGAGAGGGGCAGCUCCCCCAGCUCCCUGAGCUUCACCUCGGACGACGACCUGCUGCAGAAGUGCAUCGGCUCUGCCUUGCCCCGGAGGAGGCGGCACGCUGCUCGGCGCAGGAAUGCCGAGCACAAGCAGAAGCUGAAAGGUGCCAACCCCAAGAGCACCACUAGCAAGGAGAAGAAGCCGGAGCCAAGGCACAAUCCAGCGGACGAGAUGCUGUCAGACAAAGGCUCGGACCUGGACAGUGUCGAGUGGAAGGCCAUCCAGGAAGGCGCCAACUCCAUCGUCACGUGGCUGCAUCAGGCUGCAGCUUCCCUCUCCAGGGAGCCUUCCUCAGAGUCUGACUCCAUCCUCUCCUUCGUGUCAGGGCUGUCUGUUGGCCCCACCCUGCAGCUGUCCCUGGACAGGAAGGAUAAGAAGCGGGCUAGGAGUGGGGUAGGCCGCGAGGUGGAGAAGAGAGACCAUGCGAUGGCCUUUCAGGAGAGCAAGAAAGUGAUGGACGUUGGGGGCAGAAAUGCCAGGGCCGGGAAAAAUGUAAGCCAGCAGAAGCCAAUGUCGAACUUGCCAGUGGUCUUCCGAGGCAGGACAGUGAUCUACAUGCCCAGCGCAGUGAAGGAUUCCCCAAGCCCCAGGUCCACCCCACAGAAAACAGCCACAACUAAGCCCGAAGCCACCAUCCAAAACCUCACCCUGAGCCAGCAGAGGUCACAGAGCCUUCACAGGCUGGGGAAGGCCUCGGAGAUGGCCGACCUCACCUUGCCCAAGAGGAGCGCCACCCCUCCCGCCAGGAUCACCAAGCCCCCCUCCUCGGGCUCUUCCAGGACCUCCACCCCCUCCCAGGCCACCCAGAAGAAGUUAACGUCGCCCUCCCAGCUCAACAAGCAGCUGCCGUCUCAGGGGGUGAAGCAGGUGGGCAGGAGCUCCCCAACAUGUUCCAUCCCCAAAGCGCCCCCCCAGAAAUCCCCAGCCACCAAGCAGCACAAGACCCAGAAAUCCCCCGUCCGCAUCCCCUUCAUGCAGAAGCCGAACAAGAAGAUGCUGCCGGCCAGGAGCUCCAUGCCGGUGCUGGAGGAGCAUGUGGGCAGCCCUAAGCUGAAAGGCAAUGGGAAAGGCAUCCUGCCGACUGCCCGGCUCAAUUUGGUGCGGAUGUCCUCGGCCAGGUCCAGCGGCAGCGAGUCGGACCGGUCCGGCUUCCUGAGGCAGCUCACCUUCAUCAAGGAAUCCUCCAGCCUCAUCAUGAGGCACCGCUCCGAGCUCUCUUCCUGCGAGCCCAUGUCCUCGCUGUCUCAGAACGCUUCCCCCAAGAGAAGCAGGCCAGGCCUCCCAGCUGUGUUUCUGUGCUCCUCCAGGUGCGAAGAGCUCAAGGUGGCCAAGCCAGUGGUGACCGGCCAGAGGCCAGUCAUCUCAAGGACCCCGGCCAACAACAAAACUUCUCCCAGUGAGAGGCCUCCUCGGAGGACCAGCUCUGAGAGCCCUUCCCGGCUGCCUGUGAAGACCAACACCCCCUUGCCUCAGCCCUUCAAGAGGUAUUCCUCCUCCCCCAACAUCAGCAUCAUCAAGAGGACCAGCAGCCCGUCCUCCGUCCUGUCCUCUUGGUCCGAGUCAUCAGCCAGGAGAAGGAAGAGCCAAGAGGCCUCCAAGCUGACCCCCAAUCCUGAGGUGGGGAACCCGGGGCAGCAGGACAAGCAGCAGAUGGCGAUGAUGAAGGGUACUUGGAGAAGGAUCCGAGACGAAGACAUCCCACACAUCCUCAAAAGUACCCUGCCUUCCUCAGCCCUGCCUCUGGUCAGCACCCUGGAGGAGGAGACCCCCAAUGCCCAGAUCCCCAUCCAGAGGAAAACCAGUGAUGCUGUAGUGCAGACUGAGGACUACCCCACCACCAAGACCAACUCCAGCACCUCUCCAACGCUGGAGACCCGGGAGAUGCCCAAGAGCGAGACAGAGUGCCUGACUUCGAUCAAGGGCACUGUGCCCAUCUCCUUCGGCCAUGAAGGGCCAACUGGUUCUGUUGGGAGCUUCCCCUCCAGCAGGCACAGCUCCCCCAGUAGAUCCGCCCGGGUGACUCCCUUCAACUAUGUUCCCAGCCCCAUGGUAGCACCAAUGAUCAACAACAAAUCGCUUGAAAAAAUGCCAGCUUAAGCCGCUAUUGCAAAUGCAAAGAACACCUCAACUUUGGUGAUAGUAUAUUAAAAAACGAACAAAGCCCCAGGCACUCUCUCUACUGCACCUCCGUGAGGACAAAACUCUCGUUCAUAAAGAGACAGAAGCAGCAGCGUUUUUGUUUUCUCGAGCUUAACAAACCAAGGAGGAACUUUUGCAUUGAUGUAACUGUUGGCCAGGAGGGUUGGGACAGUUUUGAUUGAGACACACACGAAACACCUGGAGAAAAGCAAGUAUUUGUUCCUUUAUUCUCUCCGCCUUUUCUUUUUUGUUUAAUGGAGCUUUGGAACCUUUACUGUCGGGUGCUGGGAAAGAACCAAGUAAUCGCCCACCCCUAUUCCCCUGACAUCUGUGUUCUGUUGAUGAUGAUCUGUUGAUGGCUGUGCCAAUGUCUUUGCUGCAAUGUCUGAUCACCAUACACUCUAGUUUAAGGAGAGGGAUUUUUAUCCUUGGAGCCUAGAAGGCCACAGGUGUCCUGCAUGAAGGGAUGAACUUUAGCAGUGAGCCUGUGGGAUGUCUUGAAGGCCUCACAGUUCACAGUUUUUGAAGAACUUUGAAGCAGCAAUCAGCCAACUUCCCCCCAUGACCUGCUGUCUCCUGGACAGUCCAAUGCCAGGAGGGGCUGUAGACCCAUUGUCUCCACGCUUUCAUUGAAGCACACUUGGGAUUUUCGAUCGGAGGACAACCAACAGGGGUCGUUGAUUCACUGGGGUCCCUCUAACUUCUCCCAGGAGGUCGAGAUUUCAAAGGGAACUGGGAUUGCUGCUCUUUCUAUUUAAAAAAAUAAACCCAACCACCAAGAAUGCUUCAAGCAAAAGCCUUAAUCUUAGGUCUCAGCUGCAUGCUUUGUCUCACAUGUCGCACUAAUAUCCACAUAUCCAAAUAAUCUCAGCUGAUUUAUAGAAACACCUUCGGAAACCCACCUAUGGACCAAAGGCAGAGCGGGAGAGGGGUGUGGUGAGGGGAUCUGGGGAGGAUUCUACAAUGGGAAACAGAGGAAGGGCAGAACUUUUCCGUUACAGAACCAGCCAUUUGCGCAGCGCGAGGCCUGUAAUUAUGGUGACUGGUUAAUCUGCUAAUGACUAACUUGCCAGGAUUGUGUUUGCGUUGGGUGUCACCCAGUGUCUGGGAGGUGCAGAGCAACACCUUAUUAUUGCCAAGGGAGGAGGGUUGUUAUGGAAAUGCUUCUUGCAGCACAUAGGGCAACGCCAAGGAGCUGGAGAAAGGAAAGGCCAUUUUUGUUUUUUCAGUGGGCCAGGGGGACAGGUCUGGGUAGGGGAGGCUGAUUUAUGCCAUUCAUCCUCUUUGUAAACUCAGCCCCACUAUGCAGGCUUUGCACUAACGGUGGGGCCACAGGCGACUCCUAAUGAGCUUCGAGGCCCCCCUUCGGUUGUUAGUCCGGUUUGCUCUUCAGUGCCGCCCAGGCAAAGGGUGGGAGGGAGUCACAGGCUGUGGUGAGAUGUGAGGAAAGGAGCGAGGUCUGCACCAGUGCCCCUUGAGCCUGGCCUCUGAGGGAGAGUCGCUCAUCGGGUGACUAAUUGCCAUGGAGUGGGAAGCAUGGAGUGAAAAUUGCCCCUUAAAAAUAUGGUCCUGAUUCUUGUGGUUUGACGCCAUUGUCGCACCAUUGAGGUCUGUGGCAUGGGAGUGACUUCCUGAUUUGCAAGCGGGAAACAGGAGACAGAGAGAGAAAGAGGCGUGUUUCUCUCUCCAUCCCCAUUCCUGCCCGCAAAGAUACUGUGCUUUAUAGGUACACUGGGACUUGGGACUCCUUGUUUGUUUCAGGGCCUUGCCCGAUCACAAGCAGGGAGCAGAGGGGGUUGCCUACCACAUGUUUGGGCUUUGUUGUUAUAGGUUUUGUCCAGCAUGGUCAGAUUUGGCUUUGAUUAAUGGUGAAAAGCUCAGAGGGAAACUGCCAACGUGGCUCCUAUGAUCAGGAGGGCAUAUUGUAGGGGUGAAGUGGUAUGUUUAAAAAAAGAGGGAUUCAGAGGGUUUCAAUUUGGCCAGAGCCUGCUCUCCUUCAAGAGUGUUAUAAAUUAAUCAGAAUGCCAGAUUUCUUUUUUUAAAUCUGCUGAAUAAUAAUUGUAUGGUAGGUUCCAAAGCACUAGACGUUUGCAAGCCUCCCAGAUCCUUCUGCAUUAGCAAUCACAAAGUGCAGGGUCUUUACGACAGAGGCAGGUGUUCUUACCAGGUCAUGAUGGCUCGAUUCCAAGGUGGGCUAUUCCAUUCCGCCUCCCUAGAAUUAUCCAGGUGUUCCAGCUGGAUGCAGGGCACAGCUUGAUUUCCACAGCUGGCAGCAUUGCUGUGUGCUGUUGAAAGAAGCCAUUAUGUUCAGCCCCAGAAGUGGCUUUAUUUCAAUGGCAGAUGAAGAUACUUGCAUAUAAAGAUGCCAUUGUACGGGGUAAAAUGCUGGUCUCAUUGAAGCCUAUGUAAGUUUUGUCACUGACUUCCCAGGGGCCACUAUUUAGUUUGUGCUGUGCAAAAUGCUUUGGGACGCUUUUGAAUGAAAGAUAAGGAUAGCUAUUUAAUACCCGUAAUACAGCAGUAGCCCCAGCCCCCACCCGGCACCACUGGGCCGGGUUCUGAACAAACCUAGCUGGGGAAACAUGACCCCUACCCUAAGAUAUGCUGUAGAAACAGGAGAUGAUGGUCAGGAAGGGGAUAGUGGGGUAGGCAAGUGCAGGUCGGAACAAGGACAGAGCAGAGCUAUCGGCGCUGUUGCAGCCUUAGGGUGAAAGGCCGGCAGAGUGGCUCUAGCUUAGGACUGUGGACAGCUGGCAUCAAGGAUUGUUUUGCCGCAAACUCCCUGGGUGACCUUGGCCCUCGUUGAGCCUCAUUUCCCCACCUGUAAAAUAUGGACAUAACCUCCCUGGGAGGCAGGGCUAUGAGGAUUAAAGGUGGCAAGGUGAUAUGGUAAUGGGGGGUCAGAUACCUACCAGCUCCAAUGGAGAGUGAGAGUCUCACAAGGUACUCAAACACUUGGGGGGGGGGCAUUUUCAAAAGUGUCUAAGUGGCUAGGAGCAUAAGGGCUUGUCUACACCUGGAGCAACUCAGGAACAGCUAUUCAGGAAGACCACCACGGAUGGACACUCUUAUUCACUUUGGAAGUGCGGCAAGUUCAACAGCGCCACCACAUUUUUAGUCUGGAAUAAGAGACUGGCAUUCACAAAGGGGACUUGUGCAUCUAACUACCCCAUUUUGGAACUGCGUGAAAGGCCCUUGGCUCCUACAUUUUGAGUCCUCAAGGUGCCAAAAUUGUCAGUUUUUCAACCGAAACCCCCUCCCACAACAAAAUUCCAGUUUUGGAUUAAAAACACCUCUCAAAACAGAAAAACGUGAUGGAAACCUGACAAUGCAUCACCAAUAAGGGCUGCAAAAUAUUGUUUCUUUAGAAUUUUUUCAUGGGAAAAAAUUUCAUUUUUUCAUGACUUUGCUUUCAGGAGCUAGGCAGAAGUCUUCUGGGCCAUUCAGAUGUGUCAUAUUUUUGAGUGACUUGAGGCCUGGCGAAAGGACAGCCCUGCAGGUGAAAGGCUCCGGUCGAUCACAGAGCAGGGCAGUGGUUGGGCAUGGACUGCUCCAUGUGCCUGGAGUGGACAGGCAGCCUGGCAGAUGGGCCCCAUUCUGCCCUGGUGGGGGUGGUGCCAUUCAGUGCCACAGAUGGUUUUUAUGAGGUGGAGAUGGGUCCACUAAGAACUGGACUAAAUCCACCAUGUCACAGCGCCCCGCGCUCCCCCCAACAGCCCUUGGAUGGGCUGUGUGGGGUAAGGAGGGUUCAGGAGGGCCAGCCUAGACUUCUUCUCCCCCAGCAGCUGCUUAAUGCAUUCUGCAGCGGGAAGUUCCCUCAUAAGGUUUUUUUCCCCCCUUUAUCUGGGCAUUUUUGAAGCAGUGCUCAAAGCAGAGGCCUGCCCUGGUGCUGUGCUCUUCAUGGUGUCUGCAUUCAGUGUGCAAGCAGGGGAAGUGUAGGGGUUGGGGUCCUGGUCCCCUAUAGCCAGCGGUCCCAGCUUGGGUCCUGCCUGCUAGCCUUGUCAGCCAGGCCCUGCUCUGCAAAGCUGCACAGCGAAAACCACCUCACUCAGGUUUGGGGUUGGCUGGCUCUGGGGCUGCUGUGGUGAUUUGCACCCAUGCACACUGGGUGUGAAAUGCCACAAAGUUGGAACCGCAGCAGUUUCCCCCUGGGCUUUACACGGUUUUGAGCGAUGACCCAGGGUGCCAAAAAGAGCCAGCUGGGGCCUGCCUCUUGCGCUGAAUGAGGCCACUUGCUUUGCCCCCAGCUGCCUCACUAUCUAUAUGUAGGCUAAUGCUCCUGCUUCUCUCUCCCUGGGGAGGGGUGGGUUAAUUUGCACUCGAAGAGGCUUGAGUCACAUGUGUUGCAACUGUUGUGUUACAAAAAUGAAGCAGGGGCAGAAUGGGGCUGCUGGAGGGGGACCUUACCCUUGUGGGGCCUGUCAUGCAGCUGUCAGGGGCAACCCCGAGGGGCCGUCAGUGGCGCAGGCUGGACACGGCCCUACUCGUUGCAGCUAGAAGAGUUUCUAGUUGGAGCAGCGAGGCCCUGUGCUGUCAUCCACCCUAGGGACCAAUUGCUGCACUGCCUAGAAGUGGGACUUUAGCUUGUGAUGGGCCUUUUUCAGGUCUCUGAUGGCCCCAGGGGCUCAUGCUUCAUCAUCUCAAGUGAAGGGUGCUGGGGCAGGUGGUUGUUCCAGCCUCAGCACCCGUGUCGUGGCUUGAAUUUUCCUACCCUCCGCCCGCCUCGCCUCGCCUCUUCCAAACAGGUGGUGGCCCAAGGCCUCAAACAGCAGCUGCUGGACCCAGCCACCCGCCAAGGUGCUGCAUCCGUAGGACCCAAUGUGACCACUCCAACCCCAGCUGUGGCACUCAACAGCCUUGAUCCCCUUGCACAGAGGCUGGCUCCCCAGCAUUUCUAGCAGCUUCUCUCCUCCCCCCAGGAAUGAUUGCUGCAUGGCCUUGCACAGCCCCUGCAUCAUGCCAGAACAGGUUGGGCUGUAACGUGGGGGCAAACCAGCCCCUCUAAGCCCCCGCUCCCAUACCAUCCCGCUGUGUAGGAUACACACCACCUUGCUCUCUGGGACAUCGCCACUCACACAACCCCAGUGGGGUAUGAGGUGGGGGCGGGGGCAAACUCAGCACCCAGGGAGGCAGCUCCAUCUGAAGGUUCAGCCUUGGCACGGUGGCAAAUUCCCAGCCAGCUCAGGGGCUGCAGUGCUGGGGUUAAACAAGCAAAGGUCUUGUCUCUCCUCCCCCAGGGAAAGAAAGAGUCUGAAACUUCCCCCUCAGGAGCAACACACACCAUCCAGUCUGAAUGCUGUAAUUAAUUCAGGGUACAACCCACCUGUAGUAACAGGAGAAGCCUGCAUUACCUCACCAUUUUUGCAGUAACUGUUUGUUUAACUUUAAAACACAACCCCCCCACCCCAGCUGUGCUUUCUGUUAGCCUAGCAUCCCCUAACUGUUACCCUCAGCUUCCAUCCUCUUCUGUCAAGCAAUGCGCUGGGUGUUGAGCUGUCUUGUUUUUUGCUACUGGUUUCUUCCCCCACCCCCUACCUGCUGUAUGUACGUAUUAAGGAUGUUAUUUUACUGGGGCACUGGACAGUAUUAAAAUUAAAGCUGUGUAAAUAGGAA